CCCCUCCUUACUACUUCUGAAACCACCUUUUAGACAACAUUAGGUGAAGCUCAAGCACGGACCUAGUAGCCCCGAAUAUGGGCAUAUAACCACCCCCGUCUGUCGAAAUUAAGCAAACGCUAGGUAACACUUAUAUGAAAUCUACACAUGAUGAGAAAUUUCCAUUUGAAUUACGAUUUUGAUCAAGCGGUUUCCUGAUUACCUUCUACAGUUGGGUUUGAAGUGAAACUCCCUGCAGAUCUGCAAUUGACCUUCUGUCUUGCUGAGUAGUUUUGCCCACAAAACAAAACAGACUCUCGCUACAGCCUGCAGUCAGGAUAAAACUGAAUUGAUCUUUGAACCUGAUUUUUAUUUUGAGGAUGUGUUCAGCUGACGUGAUAAUUGCAAACCAGAACUAAUGGCAUGGAACACUUCCAACACUUCCUCGGCAAACUGCUUGUUUUUAGACACAAAUCAGCAGUCUCUUAGAUACAUUUCCAUUGCAAAUGUAAUCGCUGGCGUUUUGAACGCGAUUUUUGCGCUCAUCGCAACAUCUUCGAACGCUGUCGUUUUAAUAUCUUUCUGGAAAACUUCAAGCCUUCAUACACCCCAGAACAGCCUUCUUUGCUGGAUCGCGUUCGCUGAUCUCCUUGUCGGCGCUGUAGUCCAACCUUUAGAUGUCGUGCAAAGAAUAAUGGAGGAAUUACAUAACAUUGACAUGUACUGCAGUAUUCGCUUGGCAAAGAACGCUUUAACCUGGAUAAUCUCAAGUGUGUCAUUUUGUAUUCUCACCACUAUCAGUGUGGAGCGACUUGUGGCUCUGUUAAAACCUCUCCAGCACAACACACUUGUUACGCAUUCUCGUAUUGUGCUUCUGGUAGCGUUGUAUUGGUUAUUAUGCAUUGUUCUGUAUUUGGCUCGAUUUGCAGGGCUGCCGAAUCAAACAUUCUUAGGAAUGGCUUCUGUUGUAUCCUUCGUGAACUUAACUAUCAACGUUGUGAGUUACUUUAAGAUAUUUAAAGUGAUCAAACGUCAUCAAAGACGGAUCCAUGACGAAGUGGCACUGAGCAAUCGUCUUCACGGCCAAAUGGCGGCAACGGAGAUUAAAAGUUUUAGGACUUUCACCUUAACAGCAGUAUAUAUAGUAACACUUGUAGUUUUGUUUUACGUUCCUUUUAUUUGUUAUCUUGUCGCUUAUACUAUCCUCGGAUUCACUGGGCCGGUCAAGUUAGCUUAUAUUUGCUUAGAAACAUUGUCGUUUGUGAAUUCUUCUGUCAACCCAUUCAUUUACAGCUAUCGAUUGCGAAGUAUUCGGGAAGCUAUUUACAAAACUUCACCAAAACUAUUCUUUUGGAGGGAAGAUAACUUUUCCCGUUCUAACCCAGAAGCUAGCACCCAAAACAAACAAACAACGACGAACAUGUAAGACAAUUAAAAUGAGAGAAGGAUUGAAAGAUGGAGGAUUUCGAUAGCAAGAGCAUAAUAACGCAGGAUAUCAACAGUGCAUCAUUCAGUUGUAAGCGUUAAGUUCAGUGCAAAUGUGUAUUCAAACUGUAUAUAGUCAAGUAAUGACAAUAAAUGGCUUGGAGAGUGAUAUUUUGACCACAAAGUGACAAGCUAAAAUCGAAAUAAAGAGAAUAAUAAUUCGUGUCGUCUCCUGUUCACAUUCAGGGAAAAUUUGGAUACGAAAUAAUUUACUAUUUCAACGCCAAGCAGUCGUGUGAUGAGAAAACUAAAAAAUGGCCGGUUUAAGAGUAUCAUUAAAUUCUCACAAAUAAACUUGCAAUGAAUGUAAUUAGUAUAGGGAGAAAUUAAAAUAUCUCGAUCUUGGGAGUCGAGGGUUUCAUUAGCGGCUUCACAUGGCGUCAGAAGCCAGAGAUUUUUUAUGUCUGAUAAUUACAGCUUCCCUUAAUAAAGUCAUCUGCGAAGAGACCUUAGUCACCGUUAAUUUUCACACAUACUGCUAAAUAAAGAAAAUGCAUCCAGUCAAAGAGCUAGCUAACCAAUCCCAAGCCAGCGCUAACUUAACUUCUAGAGACGGACAAAUUUGAAAACGGCGUUUUCACUCUGAAAACGCAUCAAAUGCUUUCCGUCCACACUACGUCGGAGAAAUUUGAAAACGAAACCAUGGCCGGUCAUUUUCGAUUCGUGUUUGAGGAAAACACGAGCAAGGAAACCUCCUGAUUAUAGUGAUGUCAUCGUUUUCGAAAAUCUCCGUUUUCAAAAGUGGAACUGUAUAUAACGUAGAAAUAAAGUUGCAUUUUCAAAUUUCUCCGGCGUAGAGUGGAAGGGGCAUACGGCUAACCGGCGGAGUUUAGGCUAGCCGGAGUGCAGUUUAGGCUAGCCAAAGUGCUGUUUAGGCUAAACGGAGUCCUGUUAAUAACCAAAGUGGUAUUUAGUGAUACGUAGGUUAGACUGCUGGCAGUUUGUUUUUCUCUCGAAAUUCAGUAGGGGUUAUGAGGCGAGACGUUUUGGCUAAAGGAGAAUGGGACGAGA